AUGGAUAUUCUCAAAGCUGUCGAAUUUUCAGAUACGGAAAUUUUAGUUGGAAAAGAGCCCGACACAAAAGUUUUCAAGGCAAAUUCUUUAAUUUUAAAAAUACGUUCGCCUUAUUUUCGUAUUGCUUUAUCAGACGAGUGGAAGAGAAUAGAAAAUGGUAUUAUUAAAUUGCAAAAACCGAAUAUUACUGUUGAAGUGUUUGAUAUUAUUAUAAAAUAUUUGUAUGACCAAAAAAUUGACCACUCUGAAAACGAUAUUAAAACAAACGUAGCGAUUCUAAUUGCUGCUGAUGAGUUAUGUGAUAAAGACCUGUGUACUUCUAUCGAAAAUUAUCUUCUUGACAACAAAAAAUUAUUAGAAAGAGAUGGGUUUGAACUUGAGACUUUUCAUGAGUGUUGUGAUAUGAUAGGGCCUACACUUACCGUUGUCAGAGUUAAACAUACGAACGAAAUUCUUGGAGGUUUUAAUCCUUCAAAUUGGUUUUCAAAUUUUACGCCAGAAUAUAUUAAUACUAAAAAUAGUUUUAUUUUUUCUAUGGAUAAAAUGUUAAAUAGUUUUAUCUUCAGUAAAGUUGUUGAUAAUAAUCAUGCAAUUUAUAGUGGAAGCGAGUAUGGGAUGGUAUUUGGAGAUGGGAGAGCUGAUUUAAACAUUAUGCCCAAUUUAAAAAAAGGUGAAUGUUACGAGAAAAGUUAUGAAAAACCGAUUAUACUAAAUAAAAGUAAAUUUAAAAUAGAAGAUUACGAGGUAUUCCAGGUGAUAAAAAGAUCAACUUGA